UUUUAUGCUUCCCCAUCUUUUUCUUUUUGGACAUAAACUUUGAGGUUCCUUAAUAUCGAGGUAUUAUUCUGUUGACAUCAAGACAUUCAGCAUAAUAUAGAUGCUAACUCUGAAGUGUUUGGUUGCACGAAAGUGAAGUCUAUGACAUUGCACUGGAACCAUGAUGAAAUUUCUGAGCUUUCUAAUACUUUUGACGUCAUUGUUGCAAGUGAUUGGUAUGUGAUUAAAGACUACAUUAGUUAAUUACUAUAGAUUGGAUCAAGUGCUUUAUGACAACAAAUGAUGUCUUCCCUUGUUACUCUUGGAUAGCAUGGGGCGCUAGUUAUGAUGGGUCCAGCAUUUGCAUGUACACUAAAAGUCCACACUCUCAUAUUUAUCUCAUCAAUAUCCCCUUUUUUCAUGGUUAAGAAUUUUAUAAUUUAAUCAUGCAUGGUAAUUGGACUGUGUAAAACUAUGUUUUCCAGCCACAAAUUUUUAUGGCCUGGAGAUGUCUAAUGAUCUAAGUUUUCUUCGCUGGUCAACAAAGAGUGUCUAUCCAUAGUACAGCUGCAAGGGCAUACUGAUGUUAUUUAUCUCAUUUCUUUUUCUUCAUAUGACAUCUUGACAGCACCAUCUUUAAGGAAUUCCACAAAAGCCUUGCUCGAAUUGUCCAGUGCUUAUUGAAGAAUGUGGGGUCUUCUGAAGCUAUAUUAUUCAGUCCAAAAAGAGGUGACUCUCUGGACCAGUUUCUGGAGGAAAUCAAAGAAACUGGCUUGCAUUUCAGCAUAACAGAGAACUAUGAUGCUGAAAUUUGGAAGCGCCAUCAAGGGUUCAUGAACAGUGACCAAACCUGGCCUGGCUAGUUGGACAUGGCAGGGACACGAUAAAUCAAAACAGAGAAGGGAAAAAGUCAAGAGUUCAAUAACGUCCUUUGAUGUUUGAUGGUAAAAGCCUUGUUUCUAGGAUCUCCUAUACUUUUGUAAGUUAUUCUCAAACGUUGCAAAUAAAUGUUCAUUUCUAUAGCAUUAGCACCAGCAAGUAUUAACCCUAUCUAGCCUUUGAAUGACACUUGCUUUGAAUCCUCAUUAGAGUGAGACAUUAUUCCAUUUACAUUUUCCUUUUCUGCUUAGUCAUGUACUAAAUCAUGCAUUAUGUUGCUCAAAAGCCUUAUACAGCAAUGUUUGGAAAUUUGGUACAGCGAAGUCCCAUCUGCUUCUUAUCCAUCUGUCCUAAGAAAAAGUAGUUUUGUUU